UUUCGGGAGCCCGGGGGCGGCCUGUGGCGCGCCGCGCCGCGCCGGACUGCGCUUCUGUGGACCUUGAGGGAAACAUGCGUUGGGUUUGGAUCGCCUGAAAUUCUUAGUUUGGGAUCCCCGCCCGCUGGCCUCUUCCGCUCCGCGGGAUUGCUUUUCUCUUUUUCUCUUCUUUUUUUACCCCCUCCCGGGUUCCUUUUUUUUUUUUUUUUUUUUUGGUGACUCCCGACCGCUUUAUGCUCGCCCAGCCCUCCCCCAGCUGCUGAGAAGUGGGGGAGGGUCUCGGCCUCCAGGCUCCCGCCCCGCCGGGGCUCGGGCGAGCAUGGGGGGCAAGCAGAGCACGGCGGCCCGCUCCCGGGGCCCCUUCCCGGGGGUCUCCACCGAUGACAGCGCCGUGCCGCCGCCGGGAGGGGCGCCCCACUUUGGGCACUACCGGGCGGGCGGCGGGGCCAUGGGGCUGCGCAGCCGCUCGGUCAGCUCGGUGGCGGGCAUGGGCAUGGACCCCAGCACGGCCGGAGGGGUGCCCUUUGGCCUCUACACCUCCGCCUCCCGAGGGACCAGCGACUCGGAUCGGGCGCCCGGCGGUGGAGGGUCCUCGUCCGACUCCACCUAUGCCCAUGGCAAUGGUUACCAGGAGACCGGCGGCGGUCACCAUAGAGACGGGAUGCUGUACCUGGGCUCCCGCGCCUCGCUGGCGGAUGCUCUACCUCUGCACAUCGCACCCAGGUGGUUCAGCUCGCACAGUGGUGACCCUCCUUUCCAACCCUGCAGCAGCUGGAAGGUGUCGUCUCUGGAGAAACUGAGUGGGUGUGCAUGGACUUGGUUGAGCACCGAGAAAGGAGAGCCAAAACAAAGGCACGAGGGUUUCAAGUGCCCCAUUUGCUCCAAGUCUGUGGCUUCCGAUGAGAUGGAAAUGCACUUUAUAAUGUGUCUGAGCAAACCUCGCCUCUCCUACAACGAUGAUGUGCUGACUAAAGAUGCGGGUGAGUGUGUGAUCUGCCUGGAGGAGCUGCUUCAGGGGGACACGAUAGCCCGGCUGCCCUGCCUGUGCAUUUAUCACAAAAGUUGCAUAGACUCGUGGUUUGAAGUGAACAGAUCUUGUCCAGAACACCCUGCGGACUGACCCUGCCGGGCUCGCUUGCUGACUCCUCUCAAAGGCUCCUGCUCUGGGCUACAGGUGUGUGAAGAGUUCUCAGCAGUCAUACCUGGCUAGGGGGAAGGUGGCAGGUCAGACCUGAGUCCUGCAGGUUUACUAACCCUCUCAAGCAUCAUGGACAUCAUCUGCCAUCACCAGUGGAAUAGUUGUGAUGGAAUUCUUCUGGAAAGAUCUGCAGAGGCAAAGAGUGCAGCCAUUGGAGGCUGCAAGGAUAUGGGUUCUUUUGGGUAUUCGCCCUGAGCCCCCCCUUUUCAACUUCAGCUCCCCAUCCCACGUCCUGCCCUGCCUGUUGCUCAGCUCACAUCUCAGUGCUGACUCAUGGCAUGCUCCCUGGAGGCUCUGGUUUGGGGCUGUGCCAGCUCAGAGCCCUUGAACUAGAACCCGGCACUCAGGACUCACAGCAGUUGGCAGACCUCUGCUGGGGAAAAACGCUCAGGGCAGGGGCCAGUGGUGCAUGCCCAGCCUCUGUCCCUGUGCCAGACAGGCUCCGAAGUGGCAUUCCAGGGCCUCCUGCAGAGCCUGUGAAGGAAAGCUCUAGAGGGAGAAGACCACCUCUGCUUGGCCCUACUCCUUCUCAGACCUGCUCAGUGCUGUUGCUUCAGUGGGCACUGACCUUUCCAGGUCCUGGCUUAAGGAUCGUCUUCCAUCAAAUGCUUCCAGAAGCACCUAUUCUGCAAGGGUGUUGCAGACUGGUGAACAGAGGUGCGCCAGGCAAGUUCAGAGAGAUUCUAAAGGACAUUUUGUGGGGUCUAUCUCACCACCUGGGGUGAGACCCCAAGGAUGACAGUCUGCGAGCUGCAAGAACAUGGGCACCAGACUGCCUACAAGAGGGCUCCUCUACUUGGCAACGCUCUUGGGGAAAUGACUUCAUCUCAACUUCAGAUUCCUCGCAUGUGAAGUGGGGACAAAGUCACGCAGCAGCUCAGAGGUCACCACGAGAGACAGAUUCUGCCCAGAAGCCCCUGGCACGCACAUAGCAGGCUCCCUAGAUGCUUUGUCACCGCAAAGAGCACUGUUCUAUUCGCAGUACCUCCCGCUUCUGCCUGGCAACUGUGUCUCCCUGUUCUAUAUUUAAUUCCUCCCUCCAGCAAAGCUAGCCCCGAAGAUCUCCUUGCCUGACCCCUGGGCUGUAGGCGGAGGCCUGUGUGCCCACCUCAGUGGCCUAGGCCCAGCAGCCUUGGCAGCGCCUUGAGUGAACUGAGUGGUCAUGAGCUGGGCGAGCUGGGCGGGGCCGGGCAGGAGCCCACGCUGGGUGCUAUUCCAAGCUCCUGGGGCUGGUGCUG